AUGGUGGCCAGCGGUACUCGGCAAAUAAGACCUGCGCCAGUCGAUGGCUUUCCUACCCCAACGUCUGAUCUGCAGACGACGACAGAGAACAUCCUCAAAGCUCGCUUUGAAUACGUCAAAGCGUCCCCAAAUGACUUCACUGCGGACGGCCCCGUACUGCACCGAAACGCACACCUUCAGUUUCUACUGCGAAAUCUCAUUCAAGGAUUUCCUGCUCGUUAUAGGUCGCAAGAUGCGAGCCAGCCGUGGCUAUUCUUCUGGACGUUGCAAGGGUUCAGUGUUCUUGGCGUAGGCAUGGACGAGAGUACUAGGAAGAGGACGAUAGAGACUAUUCUGGCUCUGCAACAUCCAUUCGGAGGCUUCGCAGGAGGACCUGGCCAAUUCCCCCAUCUACUUCCUACAUACGCGUCCGUAUGUGCGCUCGCGAUAGUAGGCCAUCCAGGGGAGAAUGGAGCAUGGGAUCAGAUCGAUCGUAAGAAGAUGUACAACUUCUUCAUGUCCCUGAAGCAAUCAGACGGCUCUUUCCUCGUUUCCCAUCACGCAGAAGUAGAUGUUCGAGGAAUAUACUGUCUCCUCGCAGUCGCAACCAUGCUCGAUAUCUUGACACCAGAACUGCUCACCGGCACACCAGAGUUCAUAGCCAGCUGCCAGACGUACGAAGGUGGCUUCGGCAGUGCAUCCUUCCCAGACUGGGCACUGUCCAACGACGGCUCUGUGAAAGAUGUAAGCGCACCCCGGCCGCCCCUCGGCGAGGCCCACGGUGGGUACACGUUCUGUGCGACUGCGAGCUGGGUGCUCCUCCAGCCGUACAUCCAGACAUACUACCCUGCCCGGUCUCUCUCCGCACCCUGCAUCGACAUCCAUGGGCUCCUCCGCUGGGUCACGCAUAUGCAAGGUUCUGCGAUCGAGCUCGGUGGUUUCAAAGGACGAACAAACAAGCUCGUCGACGGCUGCUACAGCUGGUGGGUAGGCGGCUGUGUCGUACUGGUAGAGGGGCUCCUAGGCAUUGAGAAACACUCGGGAGGCAAGGAGGGGAGAGAGGGUGAAGAUAGUAAUGAGCAUGCAUGGGGAGAUGUCGACGACUCCCUGUUCAACCGCGAAGCUCUGCAAGAGUAUGUUCUGAUCGCCGGGCAGCAUGCGGCUGGCGGACUGAUUGACAAGCCACCGAAACCAGCCGACGCAUAUCACACGCUGUACUGCCUCUCUGGCCUGUCAGCAGCACAGCAUCGCGUUGUCCCAAUUGAUGAACGCAAAGCGGAGCUACUCAGCGCCUGGGUCGACGCCCCAUCCGAUCGUACCAAAGACGAAGCUACGAGUCGCCUCCGCAAACGUGCGUUCGUCGACAUGCUCAGCUGGGUCGAGGAGGAGGGUACAGUGGUAUAUGUUGGCGGCGCCGCGAACCGACUCAACGCGACGCAUCCUCUCUUAAACCUCACGGCGACGCACGUGGAGGCUAUGAUGGCGCACUUUUACGGGCAGAAGACGCCGAUGCGCGGGGCUGGUACGAGUGCAUAAGACACAAAUGUCACUCAAACGACCACAAUGGAAAGUUGACAAUGUACGAAUAGCUUUACCUUAGUGGUGUCCAUGGCUGUGGUCGAACGUGGUAUAUAAUGGAGGAGCAGGAAACUGUGAUCACGUGUUGACGAUGUAUAACGCUUUCAACCUCGAG